AUGAUACUUUCUGCAUUUACAAUGAUAUUUUGUUUACUUGUCACAAGACAAAAGCCACCAACCCCACCUUCAGCUUCUUCAGAUUGUGAUAAACCUGAAUUUUCAAACGGACUUUUUCUUUUAUUUAAUUCUCGUACUUUUCUUAUUCAAACACUUACUUUUGGAAUGGCUUUUGCCCUUCAAUGGUCAAUCUUCUUUACUACUUCCAAACAACUUGUAGUUUUAGGUUUUGACAACAAUAAAGUUUUUCUUCUUAAUUUUAUAAUAAAAUUUAAUUUAAAUUAUAAGAUAAGCUCUGGUGACCUCCUAGCUUCUUCUGCUUUUGCUGGCACUCUUUCUACUAUUUUUGGUGGUUGGAUAGUUGACCGUACUAAAAAAUUUAAUGAAUUUAUUAAAUGUUCAUAUAUUGGAAUUGCCAUUACUGCAACUUCAUUAAAUUUUGUAAGAAAUAUUCGUUGUAGGGUUGGCGGAUUCUGGAAAAUCUUUUGA